AUGGAUGGGGAGCCCAAAGUGUGUGUGGGCCCCAAUGCUGCAGCCCCGGUGGGCCCAGACCCUCCGAGUCCAACACUGAACCCAAGUGUCAGUUAUGGUGCCAUGGAUAAAGUCUUUGAUGAUAAGAUUAUUUUCCCUCACUUUUUCCGCACAGUGCCAAGUGAGCAUGCUCAGUGCCAGGCCAUCAUUGCGCUCCUUAAACACUUUGGGUGGAACUGGGUUGGCAUUAUCACUUUUGCAGAUGAAAGUAACCUGAGAGCAAGCAAUGAAAUGAGAGACAAGAUUCUAAAAAGUGGCUAUUGUGUUGAGUUCCUAGAGGUGAUCUAUAAUGAACAGAUAAUAUUGAAAAAUAUUAAAAAUAGCACGGCUAAUGUAAUCAUUGUAUACAGCAGUGUUGAAGAAUUGCAAUUGGUAGCAACCGCUGCAUAUAUUGCAAACCUUAAAGGGAAGUUGUUCUUGACAAAUAAAGAGAUAACGUUUGAAAUGGACAACGCUUUAAUAUAUCAACUGCAUCCUUUGCAUGGUUCUCUCUCAAUUUCCAUCUCUGAUGGAAACAUACCUGGGUUAAUCGAAUUCUUGCAAAAUGACGGUCCCUCAACACUCCCUGUAAAUGGAUUUUAUAUCAAUGUGUAUGAAGCCUUCAUUUAUGAAGACAAAGAUAAGGUGGAAAACCCUUUUAGGAAUAAGCAAGAUCGGCGGAUUGGCCCUUUCUUAUACAACAAUCUCAGAGUCUCGUACAGUUUUUACCUUGCAGUAUAUGCAGUAGCACAUGCUCUGCAUGACAUGAUAUUGGAGAUAAAAGGCCAUCAUCCUCAGUUUCUGCAUAACAAACUCCAGCCUUGGCAGCUCAAACAUUACAUGAAGAAUGUCAAUUUUAAAACACCAGAAGGCAGACACGUGAAAUUUGACGAUAAGGGAAAUGUCCCAGGACAAUUUGACAUUAUGAAUUUUCUGAUUUUACCUGACAGAACCAUGAUGAAUGUCAAAGUUGGAAAAUAUCUCUCCUCUGUUCUUGAAGAGGAACAGCUAUUUUUGAACAAGAGCAUAAUACAGUGGCCACAUUCAGCAGAGGUCCCCAAAUCUGUUUGCAGUGAAAGCUGCUCACCAGGGUACAGAAAAGUUCACCGUGAGGGACAACAGAUUUGCUGCUACGACUGUGUCCUCUGCCCAGAGGGAGAAAUCACCAAUAUGUAUGAUAUGGACAACUGUAUCAAAUGCAAGGAACAUCAAUGGACUGACAAGAGAAGAGACAAAUGUAUUCAAAGAGAGACAGAAUAUCUUUCAUUCCAUGAUUUUCUUGGGAUAUUUUUGAUGGCCACAUCCCUAUUUUUGUGUGCGAUAACCACAGGAAUAUACUCAAUCUUUUAUAAACAUCGAUUGACUUCCAUUGUGAGAGCCAAUAACCUACGUCUCAGUUACAUCCUCCUCUUCUCCCUCAUGUUGUCUUUCCUUUCUUCCUUGCUUUUCAUUGGACGACCAAAUGAAGUUACAUGUUUGAUUCGACAAGUGAUAUUUGGCAUUAUCUUUGCAUCUGAACUUUCCACACUAAUUGGGAAAACUAUGACAGUUGUUAUUGCUUUCAGUGCCACCCAACCAGGCAGCAAACUUGCAAAAUGGAUGAAAACUCAAAUUACCUACAGCAUUGUUCUACUUCUUUCUUUUGGGCAAGUUGUUAUAUGUUCAGUUUGGUUGAUCUGUUCUCCCCCCUUUCCACACAUUGACACCAAAUCGAAGACUGGAAUGAUCAUUCUGCUGUGUAAUGAAGGCUCAGUUGUUGCUUUCUAUAUAAUGGUUGGAUACAUUGGCAUCUUGGCCAUCGUUAGCUUCUUAUUAGCAUACUAUGCUCGCCGGUUACCUGACAGCUUUAAUGAGUCUCAGCUCAUAACUUUCAGCAUGUUGGUGUUCUGCUGUGUCUGGAUCUCCUUCAUCCCAGCCUAUAUAAACACCAAAGGCAGAUCUGUGGUGGCUGUGGAAGUAUUUGCGAUUUUGACUUCCAAUGCAGGACUUCUGGGUUUCAUAUUUAUCCCCAAGUGCUACAUUAUUCUUUUUAGGCCUGAGCUCAACAACAAACAACAUUUAAUAAGAAAUAAAUGA